AUCUUAUCUAUGGUAAUAGUAUACUAUAUGUUAUAUUGUUACUCGAUAUAUUUUGUCUUCUUUGUACAUAAAAUAUAUUGUAUUUUUUUAAAAACAAAUAUUUUUAGAAAAUAUUAAUAAUUAUAAAUAGAAAUUAAAAAUAUAAUAUAUAUUGUAUAUAAUUAUAUAUAUAUGAAAUAUGUAUUCAACUAUAUAAUUUGACUAAUCUUUGUUCUAAUUUAAAUCAUUGCUGUCAAUAUUUAUUAUAAUUUGUCUAUAAAAAUGGCCAAUACAUUACAAAAUUGGAGUCCAUUUGCCAAAGAAUAUGAUCCUUUAAAAGCAGGUAGUAUUGAUGGUACAGAUACAGAACCACAUGAUAAAGCUAUUAGCCGUGCAAUACAAGCGCAUUAUGAAUCUCCUCAUGGCUUAAAAUCAAAACCAGAAAGAACAUUAUUUGUUGCUAGAUUUGGUCCAAAAAUUACAAAACAUGAUUUAAAAGAGUUUUUCUCUAAAUAUGGAGAGGUCAUAUCGGCAAAAGUUAUAGUUGAUAUUGUAACUGGAUUAUCUCAGGGUUAUGGAUUUGUAGAAAUGAGAAGCGAAGAUGAAGCUAGAAGAGUACUUAGACGUUGCGUCGAUACUACGUUAAAAGGUUAUCAAAUUUUUAUAGAUUAUGAGUGUGGACGCACUUUGAAAGGAUGGAAACCAAGAAGACUUGGCGGUGGUUUUGGUGGCAAAAAGGAAUCAGGUCAACUUAGAUUUGGUGGAAGAGAUAGACCUUUCAAAAAACCAAUUGUACCUAAUAUUAUAAAGUCUCAUCAUCAUCAUCAUCAUCAAGAACAUACACAACAUCAUACUCAUCAUCAACAUCAUCACCAUCAUCAUCAUCAUCAUCAUCAUUAUCGUCAUUAAAAUUUUAUAUUUUAAUCUUACUUUUGUAAGUUUCAUUUUAUAUCUAAAAGUCAUAUUUUACUUGCGCUUAUUGAAAUAUUUUUCUGUAAAUUUUUCAGUUUUGACUUGUAUCCAAUAUAAAUAUUUAAGAUCUGUGUAUUUUAUAGACAUUAGGAAUAAUACAAUUUUAAUGUAUUAUGAAACAACUUACUAUUAUUAAAUAUUUAUUUUCAAAAUAUUUUAUAUAACAAUUUUUGUAAAAAUGUUUUUAAUUUGUAAAUAUUAUUGUAUAAAUAAUAUAUUAAUUUUAUUUAUAAAUAAAAAAAUAAGAAAUAAAGAAAUUUAACGAAA